CGGCAACAGCCCCUUCCGCAGCGCGCUCAUUGGCUGGCCGGGAGAAUGUAUCCAUUGAGACGCUCGCUGUUUGUAUCCAUUGAGGAGCUGCCCCGCGCAGGGGGUGUGCGAGGGCUGAGUCCGAGCGCGUCGGGGAGAAAGUGUGCAAGGCUUGAAUAACCGGAGGAGAGAGACAGACGCUCGGGUGGAUUUGAGGUGUGCAGCCUUGGAGGGAGGGAUUAGGAGCCGCUGGACUUUUUUUUUUCUCCUUCUUCCUCCCCUCUUAGUAGCCCGGAGUCCAAAUUAAUUGGAUUUCAUUCACUGGGGAGAAACAAAACUGUCUGGGCAGCUUCAUUCAGAGCGAUUCAUUGACACCGAACGCGAGCGGCUGCAGCCGGCUGCAGAGGAGACCGGCGGCUGCGCUCCGGUCUCGUCGUCCCCAGCCGCCUCCGACCCGGUUCGGGGAGAGCGAGGCGGAACCCGACCCCGCUCCGGGAGCGGCGGCCGUGCCUGCCCCGCGGGGCGUCUGCUAGGCACCCCACCCUCUCUCGCAGCUCGACCCCCAUGAUAGAUACGCUCAGACCCGUGCCCUUCGCGUCGGAAAUGGCGAUCAGCAAGACGGUGGCGUGGCUCAACGAGCAGCUGGAGCUGGGCAACGAGCGGCUGCUGCUCAUGGACUGCCGGCCGCAGGAGCUGUACGAGUCGUCACACAUCGAGUCGGCCAUCAACGUGGCCAUCCCGGGCAUCAUGCUGCGGCGCCUGCAGAAGGGCAACCUGCCCGUGCACGCGCUCUUCACGCGCGGCGAGGACCGCGACCGCUUCACCCGGCGCUGCGGCACCGACACGGUGGUGCUGUACGACGAGAGCAGCAGCGACUGGAACGAGAACACGGGCGGCGAGUCGGUGCUGGGGCUGCUGCUCAAGAAGCUCAAGGACGAGGGCUGCCGGGCCUUCUACCUGGAAGGUGGCUUCAGUAAGUUCCAAGCCGAGUUCGCCCUGCACUGCGAGACCAACCUAGACGGCUCGAGUAGCAGCAGCUCGCCGCCGCUGCCGGUGCUGGGGCUCGGGGGCCUGCGGAUCAGCUCUGACUCCUCCUCAGACAUUGAGUCUGACCUUGACCGAGACCCCAACAGUGCCACGGACUCGGACGGCAGCCCGCUGUCCAACAGCCAGCCUUCUUUCCCCGUGGAGAUCCUGCCCUUCCUUUACCUGGGCUGCGCCAAGGACUCCACCAACCUGGACGUGCUGGAGGAGUUUGGCAUCAAGUACAUCCUGAACGUCACCCCCAACUUGCCGAAUCUCUUUGAGAACGCAGGAGAGUUUAAAUACAAGCAGAUCCCCAUCUCGGAUCACUGGAGCCAAAACCUGUCCCAGUUUUUCCCUGAGGCCAUUUCUUUCAUAGAUGAAGCCCGGGGCAAAAACUGCGGCGUCUUGGUGCAUUGCUUGGCUGGCAUCAGCCGCUCAGUCACCGUGACCGUGGCUUAUCUUAUGCAGAAGCUCAAUCUGUCCAUGAACGAUGCUUAUGACAUUGUCAAGAUGAAGAAAUCCAACAUCUCCCCUAACUUCAACUUCAUGGGUCAACUGCUGGACUUCGAGAGGACCCUGGGACUCAGCAGCCCCUGUGAUAACCGGGUCCCCUCACAGCAGCUCUACUUCACCACCCCCUCCAACCAGAACGUCUACCAGGUGGACUCCCGGCAAUCCACGUGAAAGGCCCCACACUCCUCUGCGUUGGGAUGUGUCCUUUCCUUCAGCAGUUUUUCUUGGCAGCAUCAGCUGAGCUGCUUUCUUUGUCUGUGGCCCCAGGUGUCCAAAUGACACCCGCUGUCUGUUAGACAAGGUUAUCACAUGUGGAAUUGGUUAUUACAAAGGGAGAGAUUUGCUCCAUUCUCCAUGGAAACAACAGAAUUUGCUGUAUAGAUACAGGCAGUAGGUCUGCUCCACACCCAUGUGUACAGCCUACCCAUGCAGGGACUGGAAUUUGAGGACUUCCAGAUAAAUAGGGUAGGACCAAAUGGUAGGAUAGGAGCAUGUGUUCUUUGGGGCUUUGUACCACUGUUUCUUUUUGCAUCUGGAACUGACUGUGUUGUCUUCAGUGAAGACUGAUUAGUUUUGCAUAUAGAGGAGCCAAAGACAGGUUUCAGCUCUGUAGUAUCAGUUUGCAAAAAAAACCACAUGCAUUAAUAAUAGAUAAAAUAAAUCUGAAACUCCAUUUGAUUAUUGUAAAUAUUUGAUCUUAAAUCACUUGGCAGUGUUUGUUUGAACUGUGUUUGUUUCUUCUUUGAUGGGUUUAAAGGAAAUUGUCCAAAGGAAGAAAGCGGUAUACCACUUCUUGCAACAACAAAAAAAAAUGGAACCCUUUGCUCUUUUCUAAUCCAAAGGAUAUAUUUGCAGCAUGCUGAACUUUACCAAUUCUGAAUGACAUUUUCACGGACACUAUAGUCGCUGAGACCUUUUUAUGGUGCAGUCUUCAGUAUCUUUCAUAUAUCUUCCUUGUGAUUUUCCCCAACCCCUUAAUGUAGUUGACUAUGCCUUACCUUUGUAAAUAGUUUGGCUUGUGUUGUCUUAAAGGGGAUACCUUGGAAAGGCACCAAAAUCAAUGGGCUCACCCGUUUGUGUUUCUUUUUUUGUUUUUAAACUUCAGCUGUGCUAAACAGUAUAUUACCUCUGUACAAAAUUCUUCAGGGAGCGUCACAACCUCUAAUGCAAUACUUUUGGGUUGGUUUCUUUCCUUUUAAAAAAUUUUGUAUACAACUGGAAGUGUGUGUGUGAGCAUGGGUACCCCUUUGAUAGGUGAAGUGCAUAUGAUUGUGAAGAGGGGGAGAGUUAGGUGGUUCAUUAUGUUCAUGGUGUAAAGUUUUGAGAUGCAAUUUAUUAUAAGAAUGUAAAACCUUAAAUUAUUAAUAAAUAACUAUUUUGGCUAUUGAA